ACCAUCCCCCGUGCCAACAUCACACACGACCAAGUGAGUGAGCCGUACAAGGACGCGCAGAAGACCUGGCAACGGCUCAACGGGCCACGUCAACAGUUUGGCGCGCUGCAGGUGUCUGGGUGUGCCACUGAGGACUUUGCCACAGGGGUUGUGGAUGCUCAG